AUGAAAAAGAAAAGUCGUACGCCACAAUACAAAAAGAGUCGCCCAAAAGUGCAAGCACCGGUAGACGAAGAACCGGCCGCGAUUAAGAAUGCUCCACACACGUUUGUCAUAAGACGCGGAGAGCGAUGUUCGUCAGUUUCCCGACUGUCGCGCGAUUUCCGUCGCAUGAUGGAACCGUUCACUGCAUCGAAUCUACGCGAGCGACGCAUCAACAAGGUGAAAGAUUUUGUGCAUUUAUCCGGCUUCUUUCACGUGUCGCACAUGUGCGUAUUUUCGCUAUCUUCGAAAACGCUGUCGCUUAAAGUGAUACGCAUGCCGAAGGGCCCGACACUCACGUUCAAGGUGCACCAGUACACGCUGGCAAAGGAUGUGAUUAGCAAUACGCGCAAGCAGUUUGUCGACGAAGAAUGCUUUCAAUCGGCCCCUUUGGUCAUACUGAACAGCUUCAGUGGGGAAGGCAAACAUCUAAAGCUAAUGGCCAGCACGUUUCAGAACAUGUUUCCACCAAUAAAUCUGUCCAAGAUCAAACUAUCGUCGCUGAAACGAUGCGUUCUGUUAUCGUACAAUCCGGUUAGCAAAUUGAUCGAUCUACGACACUACUCAAUCACGGUGGUGCCGGUAAAUUUGAAUCGGGGUGUGAAGAAGCUUGUCACGCGCAACAUACCUAACCUGGGACGAUUUGAGGAUAUAGCAGAUUUCGUUGAAAAAGGCCACCUUCUAUCCGAGUCGGAGGUAGACGAUGAAGAUGCGCACGUUGUGCUGGCACAAAACCUAAAGUUUGGAAAUUUGGCCGAAAAUCAAUCAUCCCUGCGGCUGCACGAGAUAGGACCUCGCAUCACAAUGCGGUUGAUGAAGAUAGAGGACGAUCUGAUGACGGGCGAAGUGCUCUACCACGACUACAUUGAAAAGGAUGCGCUCGAGGUUGAAGCUAUCCGAAAGAAGCGGGCCCAACAGCGCCGACUUAAGGAGCAACGCAAGCAAAAACAGGAGGAGAACUUGAAGAAGAAGGAAAACGACAAGGAAGCGCACCGUACCAAGACGUCGGCGAAGCAAUCCAAGGCGGGUGAAAUGACGGAACAAGACAAGCUGCUGUUGAAGGAUGCUGAGGAAGCGGUGGGCGAAUUGUCGGAUGAAGACGAUCGCGAGUACUAUCGCAAGGAAAUUGGUGACAAUCCGGACGCGGAACUGUUCGAAUCGGCCGGAAAGGCAAACCGGAAGCGACCGUUCAUACCGAAAGGAACAAACUAUUCGCUUAAGCCGAAAAAGCCACGAUUGGACAAACGCAAACAGUUCGAGGAAGAUGAUCGGGAUGCGAGACAGGACCGGAAGCGUAGAAACAAUGAGGGAGGCAAAGACACGAAGGGAAAAGGGAAAUUUGCUAGAAAAGGUGUGAAGCAGGGCUGCCAGGAUGGAGUGAAUAAUUUAAGCGACAUUCUAUCCGUAUCCGUGGUGUAUGAUUUUGAACGAGAUGUCAGUGGUGGUGUGCCACAGUCCUUGGAUAUUGUGAUAAAAUUGCUUCCGCAGGAUCCAUUCAGCCGGUACUUUGUAACGGAAGCACAGUUUGAUCUGAGGGAAAUCAAAUUUUAUACAAGCAUCCUUCCCGACCUUAUGGCAUUUCAAGAGCAGUACAUCCCGAAAGAGCUCGGCAGCAUGGUGAUAUCAGUGCCAACCUGUUUCUAUACGCAAUAUGCACCGAUCGGAAACAAUACCACACCAUCGCUUAGUAGUCCAGAUUCGACCGAGAGCAUACUGGUGCUGGAGGACAUGCGAUCGCUUGGCUACAAGGGAGCUAACUUUACAUCAGGCCUCUCCCUAGGCCAGACAGAAGCAGCUAUUCGCGCGAUCGUAACAAUACACGCACUCUCGCUUGGGCUCAAGAUAAAAAAGAAGGUGGAUCUUAACGAGAAAUAUCCGUUUCUUUUCCAAACGACACGCGCAACCGAGAGCUACCAACAGCUAGUUGAACAGGGAAUGCCUCAACUCACGAAAUUCCUCGAGCAGAAACAUGGAUUCGAAAAUGAACUGAAAGCACUGAGCAAGAUUCGUCCCAAGACGAAACUUCUCAUAGAAACACUCCUGCAGCCAAUCGAACCCAUGGGGCUGAUCACACAUACGGAUUUCUGGUGUAACAAUCUGUUGUUCCGCAGCGAACCGGACGACGAGCGCACCGACAGCUGCACCAUUCUCGACUGGCAAAUGGUAACCUACAGCCGUCCAACGAACGAUCUUGCCUUGUUGCUGAUAUCGUCCAUUCCGUCCAACACACGGCGCCAGCACACGUCCCGACUCCUCGACCUAUAUUACGGGGCUCUCAAGUCCUACUGCCUUAAGAUGGACGUCGACAUUGAGGCGGAUCUCGGAUACAGUCGUAACAAAAUGGAAUGCGAGUAUCGGCAAUCGCUUCUGCUCGCGUUGCUGUUAUGCAUCGGCUCAGUAGAUAUCGCCAUCGGGAAUCCGACUGCGGAACAGCGGCUUCUAGAUGUUUUACGGGACUUUUACGAAGAAGGCAUCCUUAGUCUUGAGGGUUAUAUUUAAGAAGAAUGCGCUGUAG